UUCUCUCCAGGCAUGACUCCAUUUUAAACUUCGUGCUCAAUGCUUCCUCCUAAAAAUGCUUGUUCUCCCAGAGUCUCUGAAGAUACUGUGAAGCACCUUUAAUGGCGGAAAAGUACGGACGCGAGGGUUUUAAAGGGCAUUUUGGUCAUUCUCUUCUUCCUGCGAUCUGACUGAUAUGCCUUCUCUUUCUCUUUCGAUGACUCCCUUUGUCAGAUGAGUGAAUGGUUUUAUUGAAUUAACCAUAUCUUGGAAGACAAAAGUUCUCUUUGUCGGUUGCUAAUCAGUAACUUGCAAAUGCCGAAAGCAAGAGGAGAAAUGCCUCAAAGGUCCUCUCCAACUGCUGUGGCUUCCCGACCUCUGCAACUAAAGACAUUGAGCCCCCAUGACCAUGAUACUACACAUCGUAGUCCCAAACUCGGAGAUCGUAGGUCUCCCAGGAGCCCCCUCCCUGAGCCAAGAAAGCGAACCAGUAAGAUCUCCAUCCUUGAAACCCAACUGAGCCAAGUUCAAGACGAAGUAAAGAAGCUCAAGGAGAAGCUUGCUUCUGCCGAAACUGCCAAGAAGAAGGCCCUAGACGAGCUCGAAGAAACGAAGUGCCAAAUCUCUCAGUUCCAUGAUGUACCAUCCCAAGAUAUACAGCCCAAUCCUACCAAUGAUACACCACCCCUGUCAUCCCAUGAUACACCACCAUUUGGGACAGAAACCCUGGAGAUUCCGGUAGGUGCACCAGAAAAUAAGGUGGAAGAGGUGAGGGCAAAAUCAGUUGAGAAAAAGGAGGUUGAGGAUCCAAGGGCAAAAUCUGAAGAAAAAAUGGGCAUUGAAGAGCCUAGGGCAAUAUUGGAAGAUAAAAUAGUGGUUGAAGAGUCCAUGGCAAAAUCAUUAGAGAAAGAGGAGGUUGAAGAGCCUGAAGACAAAUUGGAAGAGAAAACAGAGGUGAAAGAGUUGGGGGCAAAACUGGAAGAGAAAAAGAUGGUUAAGGAGCAGAGGGCUGAGUUUGAGAUAGAAGAGGUUGAGUGGCCUGGGGCAAAAUCGUCAGAUAUAAGCGAAGCUGAGGACCCAUUGGCAAAGAAGCAAGAGUUGGAACAAAUAAGGGCAAAACUGGAAAAAAAAGAAAAGGAGAAUGAGGAGCUGAGGGACGGGCCAAGCCGAGUCAAAGCUGAGCUCGAAGCUGAGAAAGAGAGAUCGGCUCAGCUUGAGGCCCAGCUCAAAGAAGCCGAGUCAGCUCGGCUCGUGUUAGAGAAUGAGAUGAAAAGAGCCAGAGUUCAGAGUGAGCAGUGGAGGAAGGCAGCUGAGGCUGCAGCUGCUGUUUUGGCCAGCACAGAGCCGAAUGGAAUUGGUGGUUCGGAUCGGGCAGUCUCUCGGUUCGGUGGGUUCGAGCCAACUGGUUACGAAGGGUUGGGGUCGCCUGUUGGUGAUGAGAUGGAAGGAGGGAAGAGGAAGGGGAUGAGAAUGUUUGGGGAAUUGUGGAAAAGGAAAGGGCAAAAGUGAACCUUGUCUUUCACUUUACUUUUUUUUUUUUCGUAUCUCCUUUUCUAAUUUUUCUUAAUUUCUUGUGUGCUAGGUUUAUUUUUCCCUUCUUUCUUUUAUGUUCUUUAGGCUUAAAAGGCGCGCUUUGGUGUCCUGGUUUUUGGAUGUUGAAUGGUAAUAUAAAUGGGCAUAGUACAAAGGUUUAGGCUGAGGACUAAAGUAGGCCUGUUUUGU